GCUUUCAAUUAAACUUGUUAUUUACAUAGUUGAAAUUAGUGUAAGUGAGCACGAGUGUUGAAAUUCUAAUGUGAAUUAAACUUCAAUGGACUGGUACACUUCAAGUUGUCUACGUUACACGCGAAAAAAAUCCGUUCUGAUAAACGUGAACAAACAAACGCUAAUAUGAAAACAGGAAAAUAUACACCUUGAACUGGAACUAGUUCCAGCUGUCAAUAUGGUCGUUCUAGAAACCGUGACUUCUAGUUCCCGGUGUACAUUUCUUAUUGUUGUUAUCGUUGCUAUGCAUAGUUCCUGUUUGUUCCCGUUGCCGUGACUGAGAGUGCACGUACAUCGAAACGGAUUUUUUUUGCGUGUAGGCUUCUUUACUUCAGCGUCGAGCAUAGGGCACCGCAUACGGCGGUUGCUAUGAUAAAUUUUUCUAAGUCUUUGACGUUUCGUGGCCUUGUUGUUUACGAUUUGGACUUAGGAAAAUUUCGUCGGCUUUCCUUAGGCAGUGUGAUUAAAUUCAAAAGGAAUUAUCGGCGGUUCCCGUCUACAAUCGUCCAUUACAGUAUCGCUGCCUGUCAGGACUUCGGAUCGACGAUUCACGCCGACAAGGUCAAGUUCCAAAUCAACUUGGAUGUGCAGCAACUUAAAUAUUUUGGUGAAGGCCUUCGACCAAGCCUCCGACAACAGCACAUCAUCGAAGGGAACACAUCGAGAAGCAGGACGAUUAUGGCUACCUACAUCUCCCAGUACUUCAUUCAGCGCUACUCCCUUCCACCGGAACUCGAUUUCAACCAGAUUAACUCGUCGAUUUCGUCGCACGGCAUCUUGACGAUUUCGGCUCCGAAGAGGGCAGUUGCGGAUGCGGAAGGCCACAAGUCGAUUCCGAUCGUUCAGAUAGGCCAACCGCUGAAGAGAAUCAGUGUCGAUCACGUAAAGAAGGAGAGCAUUACCCACAAAUCUUAGUGGAGUGGUGGUCGAGGUUUUACUGUUGCAACAAUUUACAUGAUCAGGACACAUUGUUCGCAUAGUACUUGUUAAUAAUUAGCUGAAUAAAUGAUAUCAGUUAGUGAUUGAA